GAAAACAUCCCUUGACCUCCAGAACAAAUCUGGGCAUACAAGAAUUGUAGAAUCGAAUACCAUGGCCUCUCCUCCCGAUCCCUUACUCCACGAGCACCGUUCCAGAUCUAACCGAGAGCGACAGAUAUAUCUGCCAGAGGAAGAACGACAACUUCCCCUCAUCGCACGGUGGCGACGGGCCGCGCGGGACUUCUUAUCGUCGCGACGAGGUCAUUAUCUCAUCCUGCUGCUCGUUUCCGUCGAUGUCGCUUGUACCUUUGCCGAUUUUCUAAUCGAGUUACAUGUCUGUGAGUUAACGAAAAAUGGUUCUUAUGUAGCCGCCGGCUGGGGUGUCACUCAAGAGGUACUCGCGAUUAUCGGCUUGGUAUUUUCGUGUCUCUUCAUGCUGGAAUUGAUGAUUACUGUAUUCAGUUUUGGAAAGGGCUACUUCUCAUCCAAGUUCCACGUCUUCGAUGCACUUGUGAUUAUUGUCGCAUUCGGGGUCGACGUUGCUCUUCAUGGCAUAGAGGAAGAACUGGGGUCUCUGAUCGUGGUCCUUCGGUUAUGGCGUGUGUUCAAGAUCAUUGAGGAGCUUGAGUCAGCGAAUGAAGACACGCUGGAGGAGUAUGAGCACGAAAUCGAGAGACUUCGGCAGGAGAAUACUUAUCUUCGCCAGAGACUUAAUGCGUCUUUCGAUAAUGCUGAUCCAAUGGAUUAGAGUGUUGAUCCUAGUGGACACCGUCGAUAGUAAUACCGCAAACCUGGAUUGAAGCUCUCUAAAUAUAAAUGUAUACGCAAGUAAGC